AGAACAAGAAGCACACAACAAAAGGGUUUAAGCAAAAGGGGGAUGCUGAAGAAGCUUUGGUACAAAUAACAUUCUCUGCCCAAUUGCAAUGGUUUCUCUCUCCACUUGGGUCCGUUACAUAGCUAAUAAGCUUGAAUAUUCUGUCUCUCUCAGCUGGAAGGGGUAUCAAGGAGGACAUAUAACAAAUACUGAAGUUGGUGAUGCCGUAUGGAAAAACUUCUUCCAAGGAAAGUUGACUUAUUUGCAUUGGAACAAAGGUCUAGAGAUGGCCCCCACUAUAGCAGAGGAAGGCGGAACUCUUCUUGUACGGAAACUGCCCACACCCAAUCCAACGCAAGUUUUCGUAGGAGAUGUUGUAGUUAUGAAGGACCCUGAAAAGUCAGAGAAUCAUCUGGUUCGAAGACUGGCUGCCGUUGAAGGUUAUGAAAUGGUGUCAAAAGAUGAAAAGGAGGAGCCUUUUGUUUUAGAAAAGGAUCAGUGCUGGGUGUUGGCCGACAAUGAAAAUUUAAAGCCCAAGGAGGCCAAAGACAGCCGAAUAUUUGGGCCUGUUCCAAUGACUGACAUAGUCGGCAGAGUCAUAUACUGCCUGAGAACAGCCGUUGAUCAUGGUCCUAUUCAGAAUAGUAAUUUUGGAAUGAGGAGAGAUUCACCAGUAUUGGAAGUUGAAUUGGAUGUCAAUGAGAUGGCUAAAAAUCACAAAGCAUAGACUAAACUCGUUAAGAGAAAGCUAUGACCUUACAUUGCAUGUAUUUCUUUUUCCUUUUUAUGCCCGUUUUAGUCAUUAGACCUUUUCUUUACGCCUCAAGAAAAUAAUGUGGAAUAAAGGUUUGUAAUGAUAUUCUAUUGCUGAACAGCUGAUAUAUCUUUUAUUCCUUGACCAGCUGUUACAAGUGGAUUUGUAAUGUUGGCUGUUGUUAUCACUUGCUUUACGGACUUGAUAUGUUUUGAAAUUGGUAUUGACA